AUGAGAGACGGCAAGGAUGAGGUUCCGCCGCCGACACCCACCUCAGACAUCACCCCGUACCUUGGUCUCCGCGCCAGAUACUCCCAGCUCUGGUUCAACCGAUGGACCAUCCUCCUCUUGCUUGUGCUGGUCCACUUCCUCCUGACCAUAGGAAGUCUGACCGAUGGGCUCACUGAUGCCAAGGUCAAGGCGCUGUCGGCUUGCACCAAGGUCGAAGACAUCGGCAGCGCCAUGGCUUCGAUGCCGCACUACCUGUCCGUCGGCGUGAACCAGCUCACCGCGUCGAGCAUCACCCACGUCGUCCACGCCCUGAUGACCGUUCUCAACAUGAUCCUGACGGGAAUCGAGCAGCUGAUCCUCUUCGUCAUCGGCAUGAUGACCGACACCUACGUCUGCUUGGUUGCCAUGGUUGUCCACGGCGGCCUCAAUGCAUCCGCCGUCGCCGUCGAGAAAACCACCGCAGCCAUGAACGAGGUGAUCGAUAAGGUCUCCGACGGAGUCUCGAGCAAGGCUGAUGACAUACAAGGUGCCAUCCACACUCUCUAUGGAGCUGCGACGUCUGCAGCGGAUGCCUUGAACAAAGUGGGAGAUACGGCUUCAAAUGCAGGCAACGCUGUCAAAACCGGGGUUGCGGGUGCAGCCAACGCUGCUGAAACUCCGGCUACGGGUUGGUUAAGUCAUAUCGGCCACAGAGAUCUCGAAGGCGGAGAUGUCGUUGUUGAGGGAAGGGAUCUCGUCGUUGUCGAGGAAAGGGAUGUCGUUGUCAGCCGAAGCAUUACGAUACCACCGGAACCCCAAAUCAAAGACGAUAUCGUGAAUGCAAUGAAGGACUUGCACGACAUCAAUAUCGACACCAGCGGAUUCGUCGACGGCUUGAACGACCUCAACGACAAGAUCCCUACAUUUGACGAACUUAAGAACUUGACCGCCCAGGCUGUCGAUUUUCCCUUCAACCUUAUCCGACAAGAGCUGGACAAGGCCUAUGGAAACUGGACAUUCGACGACAGCGUCUUCCCUGUUGCCGACAAAAAGGCCCUAUCCUUCUGCUCCGAUAACAGCGGCCUCAACGAUUUCUUCGAAAAACUGUUCAAACUCGCCAGCGAGGCCAAGAUUGCCGCUGUCGUAGUGCUCUCCGCCCUGGCAAUAGCUGCCUGUAUUCCGAUGGCCUACAUGGAGAAGCGUCGUUGGCGUAGGCAGAAUGCAUAUGCUCGGAUCUUCUCUAAACACAGUUUCGACGGCCUGGAUGUUGGAUACAUGUAUUCGCGGCCUAUGACGGCAAGAGCUGGACUCGUCAUAUCGACCAAGAUCGCGGGCAAGGAUAACCAGGUACGAGGAAUAAUGACGCGUUGGGCGAUUGCAUACGCGACGUCUCUUCCCGCCAUAUUUGUCUUGUCACUCGCUUUGGCCGGCUUCUUUUCUUGUCUCUGCCAGAUCAUAUUGCUGAAGACGAUCGAGAAAGAAGUACCAGCCAUAACGCAAGAAGUCGCCAACUUCGCCAAUGAGACAGUGGGUGCCCUGGUCAAUGUUUCGGCUGAAUGGGCGCACGACGCGAACGGCGUCAUCACCUCCUUCAGCAACGAAAUCAACGACGACAUUCUGGGCAAAGUGACGAACGCCACCACGGCCGUCAACGACACGCUUAACACCUUCAUGAGCGAAAUAGACAAGGGUCUCAAUACCGCCUUCGGUAAUACGCUGUUCAAGGACUUCGCUGCAGACGCCGUUCGAUGUUUGCUCGGUCUCAAGGUUGAGGCAGUACAGAGGGGCCUCACCUGGGUGCACGACAAUGCCCACAUCAACUUCCCAUUGUUUGACGACGACAUAUUCUCUGCCGGUGCUGACAAGUCGGUCAAUGGCGACUCUGACCUCAAGACCUUCCUGGCCACGCCAAGCGCUGUUACCACCGACGAGGUUUCUGGCGCAGUAACUCACGUUACGACCUGGUUGUACAACAAUAUCGUACAGGAAGCCCUCAUCGCCACCGCACUGUUACUCAUAUAUGUCGUUGUUGUCCUCGGAGGCGUCAUCUACGCCAUGGGCAUGAUGGUGGUGCCGCCAAAGUCACAGGACAACAUGCCCAACCCGCCCAUGUCACCGGGCUUACCCAGAUCGAAGAGCGAGUCACGUAUGUCUGAUUCGCGAAACGGAACGGUGUGGGCUGGCCAGGUGACAGAACACCCUCCAGCCAGGACUAGGAUGAGUCGCCAGGCCACGUUCGAGGACGAGAAGCGGUAG